GAGGCGGGGCGCCCUAGCUCCCUUGUCAGCAUUAGCUCUGCGCACGCAGCCCCGGUUGGUUUUUCCCCGGUAGAAGCUCGGUUCCGCCUGAACCAGCCUCAGGGAGAGUGCAACUAAGGAGCGUAUAUGGAGCCGCCCAACAGCGGCUCUGCCAGCAUGGAACGCGGAGCAGAUACAAUGUAGCAAGUGGAUGAGCUGGGGAGAGACCGGAAGCCACCACCCUCGCCUAUCAUAAGGGAGACCGGUAGCGUCCUUCCCUCCUCCCUUUUCCCUGGAAAUCCGUGUUUAUCCCGGGAGUAGUGACUGAGAUUUGGGCAGGCCCCGGCCCUUGAGAUGCUCCCGUACAACUGCCGGAGAUCGGGGUGAGGCCCUGGGCGGCUCCCCUCCCCCAAUCAUGCCUCCCGGACCCCCGUGAAACCCUUACUAGCCUCCCCGAAGUUGCUGAGCAGAGAGCACCAUGGAGCUGGAGCUAGGCUGGGCGGCUCUGGUGCUGCUCUUCGCCGCCUCCCUGCUCACCGUCUCGGCCUGGCUGUUGCAGUAUUCCCGGGGCGUGUGGAGCGGCCGGGGAAAGCCGGAGACCUCGGGAGGAGCUCUAAGGGAAGCAGGCAUCUGGAAGUCCUUACUGAGACUGCGGGUGGCCCCGGACGGAGCUCCCGAGGAGGCGGUAGCGGGGGCCAGAGGGCUCCUUGCUUCGCUCUUCGCCUUCAGAUCCUUCCGGGAGAACUGGCAGCGAGCUUGGGUGCGAGCCCUCAACGAGCAGGCCUGCAGGCACGGGAGUUCAGUCCAAAUCACAUUUGAAGAGAGUCUUCAGCAACCACCAGCGGUGAAUAUAAGUCAAGUGACCUGCACAGACCAGGCAGACCACAGUAUGGUGUUGCACUGUCAUCUGUCAGCUGAUGCUGUGAAGUUCCCAGUCUCUGUCACUCAGCAGUCUCCAGCUGCUGUUUCCGUGGAUACCUAUCAUGUCACCUUAGCUCUGCUGCAGGCCCAGGUGGAGAUCCGUUUGGAGGAGAUGAAGAAUGAGGGCCUGCUGGUGUCAUGGACAUUCAAGGACCGACCAGACUUGAACCUUUCAGUUGUUCCGAAACUUCAGCCUCGUGAAAAGAAUGAUGUGAAAGUGGAUCUGUCUACCAUAAAGGACCUGAUUGAGGACUCAGUUGUCAGCACCCAGCCUGCCAUGAUGGUGAAUCUGAAGGCAUGCACUGCUGGUAGUAAUGUGAUGUCCUGUGAAAAACUGUCCCGAGAGUCCCCAUCUAAUAUAGUGGCCCCGACGGUGUCCAAGUUGCUUCUCCGGCAUAUGCAGGUGCUCAACUUGAGCUGUGAGGAGGAAGGAGGAGGUGGGAAGCUAUGCUGUGUAGCCGAGCUAGACAGUCCUCUGCAGCAGAAGUGGACAAAGCCAGCGAGAGCAAGCAUUUCCAGCACUGCAGCAGCAGUGGAGUGGAAUGAGGAGCUCAUGCUGGAGCUGGGGCCACGAAGUAAAGAGUUGAAGCUGAGAGUACUGGAGAAGAGCAGUGGUGGGGAGAAUGUGCUUCUGGGACAUACUGCUGUUUCACUUGACUCCUGCAGCAAACAACCAUCUGGGAGGAUGGUCUAUUCCCUGACUCCAGGAGCUGGGCAGCUGCUCGCACCUGCGGCUACCCUUACACUGGAGCUGCUCUACCAUGAGUCUCCUUUGUCCCCGAAUCCCCAGUAUGCCACAUCACUGCGCACCAGCAUCACGCCCACCAAAAAAAUCGAGAUGGACCGUACCAUCAUGCCUGAUGGCACCAUUGUGACCACUGUCACCACCGUCCAGUCAAGGCCCAAGGUGGACUGUAAGCUGGAUUCACCCUCGAGGUCCCCAUCCAAAGUGGAAGUGACAGAGAAGACGACAACAAGGCUUUCAGAGAGCAGCUGUCCCAGCAGUGCCUCACCCAGCAACAGCUGGGACAGUCACAUGUCCAAUGGCUUGGAUCCUGUGGCCGAGACAGCAAUCAGGCAGUUGACUGAAACGAAUAACAAAUCUGCCAAGAAGACCCCGACAAAACGCAGCACACUUAUCAUCUCGGGAGUUUCCAAGGUACCAAUUGCCCAAGAUGAAAUGGCACUUUCUCUUGGUUAUGCUGCAUCUAUGGAGGCCACCAUGCAUGGAUAUUCCAUAAUGGCAGACAUGUGCGACCACCCCCAGAGCUCCACUGAGCCAUCUCAGCUGCUGGAAGCAUCAUUCUCAGGACAGAGAGCUAGUCAGGAGCUGGAUGAGACAACACGAUCAGACAUCUCUGAGAGACCUUCGGUGGAGGACGUGGAAUCUGAAACUGGCUCCACAGGAGCCCUCGAAACCAGGAGCUUAAAAGAUCAUAAAGUCAGCUUUCUCCGGAGCGGCACCAAGCUCAUCUUCCGGAGGAAGAACAAGCAGAAGGAAGCAGGCCUGAGCCAGUCGCAUGAUGACCUGUCCAAUGCCAGCACCAGCUCUGCCACCAGGAAGAAAGCCAGCAGCUUCUCCCGGCGCCUCAUCAAGCGCUUCUCCUUUACGUCUAAAUCAAAACCCAAGGCCAACGGCAGCACAACAUCAAUGGGCGAGAACUAAGGGUGGGAUGAAAGAUUGCAUUGGAGCCCCCUUUGUCUCUGUGUCUUUCCCACCCCAGGUAUCUGCGAACUACAAUCCAACUCCUUCCUCCUUCAGCUGAGGUGGAUACUUCACCUCCCCUGGUCCUUUAUAUUGGUUGAGGAGGUAAGGGAGUUAUGAACCCAAAACUUAGGUUGAUUAGCAACCCUGUUUCUGCCUCUUCCGGAUAUCAUGACCCAUUUGUGCUUGCAGAAGCCCUGAUAGCUUGCUAAGCAGUCAUUCUGACUGCUCCAGGCACUGGUGGAAUGACUCCAUGUCCUCCUGAUUGCCUUGCACCUUUGACUUCUCCAAAUGACCUCUUAGAAAGGGGAUGGGGUCUCCGAGGUGUCUGCUCCAGGGUUAAGACUUAACUCCUUAGUUCCUGAAAUCUUUAACUGUGUGACAAAAGAAACGCUUGAUUAACUUUUUUGGGGAAAAGGGGUUAAUCUAUGGACGAUCAGGGCUCCUCCACUGUACUUCUGCAUGGUGCAAAGUUCAUGGUCUGACUGAGGAGUGAUACCCGUUCGCUGCAGGGGAAAGAGUAACUCCAUAAACUAGUUACGCUAUUUGAACAGUGCCCCCCUGUUUUGUAGAGAAUGUUGGGGAUUUUUCUUUUAAGGGAAAGGACUUACCAGAAGAAGGGAACACUAGGUGAGACUCUGCAAGACAACUGGGUCCUUGCAAAAGUCAUCUUAUUAUCACUACUGCAGCAGCUGCUAGCCAGCCAUGAGGCUCCCUCUAUUGCCAGGGUGUUAUAGAAAGAUGAACUGAUCUAUAGAUGUAGCUCCCCCAAAUGUGGUGUCCACCACAUUUAGCUGUCUGGACCAGCAGCUAGUUUUUAUACAUAUGGUCUCCUUUUCCUACAGAGAUGGCUGGGGACACUGGAGGAGCAGAUGUUAUUUGGUCUUGUAGAAUGCAAAGUCCUUGCACUGUGCACAGCUGUUGUGGUCCAUAGGUGCUCUACUCUGAAGACAAACAUGAUGCUCAGAAAAUGAGGGAUAGAUUUGUGCUGGAGGAGUGUUUGCUAUGUAGCUUGAAGUUUAUUUUAGUGGCCCACAUGCCCCAUUCUUUAGUCGAAAGAAUAAAGGUAAAGUCCUCCACAGAAAAGAUUUGACUUGUUAAAAUGGAUCUUUCCCUAGUGGCUCCUGAUGGCACUGACGACUCCUCCUCCUGCAAAUCUGAUUCUGACUACGUAUCUUUCUUUCAAGUAGUAUGAAUGUCCUCAAUUUGUCUUGUAUUGGCAGAGGAAAUGAUGCUAAGAAAUGCAGAGGCCUUCAACUUCAUUGCAUGGAAGAGAAUCAAGUAGACAGGCAGACGCUUUGCCCUGAAUGUGGCAGGGGUUAGAAGUUUCAGAAUUUACUUUUCAUUUAAAAAAAGGGGGGGGGGGAGCUUGUAUGUGGAAAAAAUUACUCCUGGGUGAUUGCAGUAGGACGACAAUUAAGUUUUGUAAAAAUUACAGAUGAAGUCCCGUCUAUAGGAAAAUCCUUGAACAGUGAUCAUGGGGCACAUCAAAAGACUAGGAGGGGGUUAGCAGUAUAUAACUGUGAAGAGUUUAGGGCCAGGAACUAUUCAUGUUUCUGGGCUCAGGGCAGCACUAGGUUCUGGGUAGGAUCCAGAGUACGCAGCUAUGAUUUGAAAGCUAAUGAGUGGGGCACCUAAGUUAGAGGUGCUCUUUAGCAUUGUCCCGCUCACCUCAGCUAGACUAGGGUGUGCACAGUAUAAAACAACUGGUCCAGUUGGCUGACCAGUAGCCUCCUCUUUCCCCAGCUUUUGGUCCUGAACAGUCUGUUCAGUCUCAACAUCCUUUCUAUUUUUCUCCCUUUUCCUUCCUUGCUGAGAAACCAUCAUGCUUAUGCCACUCCUUCCCACACAUUAUCGGCCCACAGCACCUGCUGUCUGUCACUGAAACAUGAGCUCCUUGAUGGAGACUGUGCCAAGAUCUCAAUUGGGGCAUGUUAGCAGUUUUGGAGGACUCCUAGAAAGACGUAUAACCCACUUUUCUGUCACAGCUCACCUUCCUCUGUGGUCUCAAAGCUGUAGGCUUUCCUGACUGGAAAUCCUCCACCUGCCUCAUUCUUAGUUUUGUUGUUUUUUAUUUCUCUCAACUUUUGGGAGGUAGUUUGAGACUAAAAGUGGUUAACGUUCUGAGGUCAGACAACAUCAAUAUUUCUCCAGUAGCUACCUGUGAAACCCUUCCAGGGAUGCUAUAGCAGCUUCCCUGGAAGGCUGAAGAUAGUAAAAUACCCAUGUUUGAGGUUAGACUGAACAUAAACUAUGAGCUGAACAUGACUUUGAAUAACAGAAACAAGCAACUUCUGAGCUGCAACUUAACUGUUUCAUAAGUUUGAUUUGAGCUUAAAUUCUUCUUAAACAACAAAUGGAAUGGGCUGUCUCUGCUGGAGAGUACCUGGCUGUGAAAAUGCCAGUGCAGCUCAUUAUAUACUUCUUCAAAUGUAAAAAUCCAGACAGUCCCUUGCAGAUGGCUCCAGGGCAUGGUGGAUAUCUCCUUAGUAGGGUUAAACUAGGAGUCUCGUCUUUACUUUCUUAUGAACUUUUAUUUAAAGUAUCUGAUAAUUGGGUGAUCAUAUUCUUAGAACAGGGUUGCUCCGUUUUAUGGUCUUGGUUAAAUGACACAUUCUGCUCCUUUCUGCAUCUUCACAUUUGUACUCAGUAAUUUUUCAUGUAUAGCUGCUACCAUGCAUGAGCCAUAGAUUGUGGGACUUUUGCCCAUGCCUUUUGUGUACUUCUGGUUACUUGAUAUAUGAGGAAUGGUGAUGCUUCAGCCUCACAAUUAGGUGGGAUUAGGUCAAGUAACUGAUCUACUUUUAGCAUACUUACAGGUGAAAGAGGCCAUGUAUGUCUUUAGCAUCCAAACACUUCUAGAAUUUCAUGCGUUUAAGAAGCAGGUCCUACAGGAUUUUAUUUUCAAAACUGAUCCUUCAGUCUUAAAAGAUCUAACUUCUUCUUUCUCUACUUGUACUUAUUGCUUUGAAUGUUUGCUGUGUAAACUAUCUUUCACAGAGGCUGCAGUACCCUCAAUGGAUUGUUUAUUCCCUCAACCACUUGACUGCUCAUCUUGGUGCUAUCACAGUAAUUGUGGUAUAACCACCAGGAUCCACAAGGAUGAAGAUUAUUUUGCACUUUUUAGAUUAAAGCUGCAAAGCAUCUCCUUAAAGGGUCACUGGGGUCAAACACUUACAUUUAAUAAAAACUGGUUCUUUACCAGAUAUCAGUGUUUUGAUGUGUGUGGGAGGAAAACUGAAUGUAACGUUUUAGGGUUUGCUUUUUUUCUUUUUUCUUUUGGAAGAAUUGUACUCUUUUGGCACAUCUGCUGUGCAUAUAGUGCAACUUUCUGCUGGCCAUUUGAGAACCAAAAAGUGAAAGUGAUUCUAAACAAAAUGAAACUGCAGUGUUAUUGUCUAGCCUGAAACUAGUGCAAAAAAAUACACAAUGCAAAUGAAUGUCAGUGUCUAAUGUGAUGGUAAUAACACACAGCAAAUGAAAUACAUUUUAAAAAUAGCUUUUAAUUUGAAUAUCCUUUUCUAAUUGGCUGGCAGGGCUGUUUUUAAGCCUACAGAUGAAAAAUUUAAAGUCCAUUUUCUGUCCUCAGUCUACAGGCAGUCCCAUCUCAUGUCAAUAGAAACUGCAUGCAUAGAUAAGGAAUGCUGUGCAGCUUUAAAUGUUAAGGGACACACACAUACAGGCUUAAAUACAACAGGCUGUGUUAUGGAGAUCUCUCUUUCGAAGGCUAUUUCAAAAAGCUGCAUGUUAAUGGAACCAAGUUCUGUGUGUGUGUGUAGGGGAGGGGGCUAUGAUAUGAACUGAUUGAAAAGGAGAGGUAUAAUCAGUAGGUCUGAUUACUGCCCUUUACAGACUUUGUGGUGUUCCAUACUGGCAAUCCUCCCCAUUCCCAUAGGCAUUUCUUGUAAUGUGGUAUGUUUAAAAAAGAGAGAGAGAGAGGGAGAAAACUGUGCUUCUUACAAAUAUCUGUUGAAUUCACAGUCAGAUGAGUAGAGGUUAUGGAAGGGGGACUACAUCCAGGCAGAGAAUGGGACAAAUAAGUGUGGUGAAGAUGUGGAUAGUGAAAAGUUUUAUACAAACCUCUGCAAAUUGUUCACUCUUUAUUCAGCUAAGUUAAUUACUACUUUAGACUAUGCAUGUACAUAUAUACAGCAUAUUCGUGUGUGUGUGUGUGUGUAUAUAUAUAUAUGGAGGUUUUCUUCUAUUUCCUCUGAGUUAAUCAUUACUUAGGGACUUGUUUCCUGUGAAAACAUCUUUCUUUGGGUUAGAUUUCAAAUCCAUAGAGCUGGGGGCUUGUGGGCAACUAGUAAGCCAAUCUGAUCCCAGAUGGGACAGCAGCUGUAACUUAGACCUUAUUUGUUCCUUUCAGCUGUUUUUUUUUCUUCCCUUCCUGUACAUAACAAAUAUACAGUGAAAGUGUCCUAUCCUUGGUAGCAGAGAUUCAGUGAAACCCCUGAUUUAAAAAUAAAAUAAAAAGCUGGUGUGUCCCCUGUGAUAUUGUAGCUCCCUUUACAUGAGUGCCCCUCAACCCAGGACUCCUUUCACCGGUAUCUGCUUGCUUUGCUCACUUGUACAGGUUCUGGAGCAAACACCCACACUGAGCCUGAGCUAGUGCCCCACAUUUGUGCUCUUUUGUACUUUGAUGCCUUCUUUGUGGGUGGAUUAUUUUAACCCCAGAUUUCAAUGCAAAGAAAAAUAGGAACUGUUUAGCUAUUUAAGAGAGUCAAGUACAAUGAUUUAUUUAAAGAUUAAACUAAUGAAAUUCUGCACCUUUGUAAAUGUUUAAGAAGAGUUCCAUUGCUGUGUAAUGGCCUGAACUUGUUAACUUAUUAAACUAAAUGGGAGUUAUAAACAGUA